AUCUAUAUUUACUUUGAAUUUUAUUUGGAAGGUUUUACUAGCAUUUGUCAGCAUGUCAGGCAGAGGCAAACAAGGCGGUAAAACUCGCGCUAAGGCCAAGACUCGCUCAUCUCGGGCUGGGCUACAGUUCCCUGUCGGCCGUGUUCACCGGCUGUUAAGGAAAGGCAAUUAUGCAGAGCGGGUGGGAGCUGGAGCUCCAGUCUAUCUGGCUGCAGUGUUGGAGUAUCUGACCGCUGAGAUUUUGGAAUUGGCCGGGAAUGCGGCCCGUGAUAACAAGAAGACUCGCAUUAUCCCCAGACACCUGCAGCUCGCUGUGCGCAACGAUGAGGAACUGAACAAACUGCUCGGAGGAGUCACUAUCGCUCAGGGCGGGGUCCUGCCCAACAUCCAGUCCGUGCUGCUGCCCAAGAAAACCGAGAGCUCCAAGUCGGCCAAGGGCAAGUGAUCUGCUCAGUCAGUACCUACAACACAAAGGCUCUUUUAAGAGCCACU